UCAACUGUUUUUCUCUUUAGCUCUCUUUUUUAAAUUUAAAACUUGACUCUGCAAGAGGACCAAGCCUUUUUUCUAGCCACCUCUCCCUCAUUCUCUUCCUUCCUUUCCUCUAAUGUUCUAUUACUUUUUCUUCUGAUCCCUGCUUUCCUGCACCCUCUCCCUUCCUCUCUUAGUGAUGAAUUAUUUCCUGAUGCUCAGCAACAGUCAUGCGGAUGGCGUUCUGUCUUGGUACCAGACUUUGCGUCUGGAGGGUCGAAUGUGUGAUGUCGUUUUAGAGGCAGAAGGCGUGAAGUUCCCUGCUCAUCGCACUUUGCUAGCCUGUUCCAGCGACUACUUCUGGUCUAUGUUCCAGGACUACACUCUGGAGUCUGGAGCCCACACUAUCAGCUUGCCAGCCCUGUCUUCAAAAGGCCUGGAGCAGAUACUUGACUUUAUAUAUACGUCAUGGAUCGCACUAUCACCUUCCACCCUGGAGGUUACGCUUCAGGCUGCCUGCUAUCUGCAAGUCACCCCUGCUGUGGAUCUUUGCAUUGAGUACAUCUCCGAAAGCAUCGCUCUUGACAACUGCUGCUUCUUUGCUAACAUAGCAGCUCACUAUGGCCUUUCCAAGGCAUUCACUGUCAGCAAUUCUUUCAUUGCCAGGAGCAUGUGCAGAAUACUUGUAGCCGAGCAAUACAAAGCCGAGCUAUUGGAGUUAAACCUUGAUUCUCUGCAAGAGGUGCUUGCAGCCGAGGAAAUGCCAGGAGUAAAGGAGAUGGCUCUUCUACAGCUAGCUUUGGAUUGGCUGGAGUACAACCCUCAGUCUGCCCUGCAAAGCAAUGCAUUGCUUUGUCGUAUCCGAUACAGUUUGGUUCCCCCUGACGAGCUGUCUCGACUUAGUGCAAUCGAACCUGCCCUAUGCACACCCUUCAUCCACAGCGUAGUACACAAAGCCCUUAACUACCACCUUCAGGGUCCUCUCCAACCUCUACUACAAAGUGUCCACACCAGCCUAAGGACCACAAACAGCAAAAUCCUGCUGGUGGGGGGAGGACCAGAGGCAGACCGACCUCAGAAUCAGAUCUUGGCCUACGAACCACGCACCAGGAAGUUCCGCCCACUUUCCACUACCUUACCAACUAAGCUCCAACACCAGGGAGUAUGUGUGGUGGGCCACUUCCUAUUUGUGCUGGGUGGUGAGGUGGUAAAGGUGGAUGAGGAGAGUGAGAAGUCAGCUGUGAUGACAGUCACUGACCAAGUGUGGCGCUAUGACCCACGGUUUGACCAGUGGGAGGAGAUGGAACCACUCUUGCAGAAGAGGGCACAGUUUACCUGCUGUGUGGUAGAAGGUGUUAUUUUUGCCAUAGGUGGGCGAGGCCAGAGGGGUGAGCCUGCUUUGUCAUCUGUGGAGAAAUACACUAUGAAUGCAGGGUGCUGGCGCAGUGGCGUGUCCCUGCCACAUCCAGUCCAUGGGCAAGCCUGUGCCACUGAAGGAACAGGAAUCUACAUCUCUGGAGGCAUCUAUGGCAACAGCCCAGACAGCAGUAAAGAUGUGCUGUUUCUGCAUGCCUUUGAGGGUGACGCCUGGCAGAGACGCGCAAGCAUGUCCAUUGCCAGAUUUGGCCACCAGAUGGCGACAGUGAGGGGCAGAAUUUAUGCCUUUUUGGGAAUGUAUGAGCCAUUCUGUGACAUUGAAUACUACAAUCCUGAGCAAGACCUGUGGACCCAUCUAAAGCCCCUACUGAAUGAUCGUUUCUGUUAUGGUUUAAUGGCAACAGGGGGCAGACGUGUGCUUGUGUUUGGAGGCAGGAAAUGGCAAGAAGGACAGGAAGUGUGCACCACUAAUGUGCUGGAGUAUGACACUGAAUACGAUGCCUGGAGGGAAGUGUGUAAACUACCAGGGCCCUUGUGUGGAACUCAGUGUGCCAUAAUGACUAUUCAAGACCCUCCGGAGACAUAAAUGCCCCAUACAAACACCACCCCACAUACACACAGACAAAUAAAUGGCUGUCAAUCCUUGCUGAAAGAGAAAUAGUCCCAGGACAAGAGGGAUCUUUGCAUCAGGGCACUCUGGAUUGUAAAGUGAAGUGGUAUGGACAACAGGAUUUCCAGAUAGACUUUGCACAGCAAAAAAAAAAAAAAAAACAAUUUCUGU